AUGCUUAUCCUCACAGAAGGACCCAGGCUGAUGGAUUCACCACUGUCUGGAUCAUACCAGUCCCUGUGGCAGUGGGAAGAGUAUACUCAGGAGGGUCUUCUGUCCCGCAUCGCGCUCACGCACCACGUGGAGAAGCGCUGGAGGCCCCACCGAGUGUUCAGCCCGCAGUACUUCUGCCGCCAGGCCACCGCCUCCCGCAUCCCUGCGCACCGCCUUGACCAGCUCCCGCGGCCCGCCGCCAUCAAAAGCCUCGCCGAGUCCUUCUCCGUGGCCAGCGGCGUUCAUGACGCACGGGCGCGCCUACUCGCGGGCCAGUGGGAACGGGGACGGCGGCAGCAAGGGCGGCAGCCUCCAAAACGUCCGAGCCGACCUGGCCCCGCCCCGAGCACGCCCUAUCCCCGCCCCCCAUCUAGGCCACGCUCGUUUCCAGAGGGCUCGCGCUGGGGGACCGCUCCCGGCCCGGCGCUGAGGCCGGCUCUGGACGCGGGGAGGACUUUGGCCACAGAGCCCCUCCUGCGAAGCGUGGGGACGCACCUCGGUGGCCGCAGCCAGAGUGAUGUCCACGGAAGGACAGUGGACCGCGUGGGGUACUGCGGCGGUCUUGGCAGGACAAGGGCGGACCCCGUGGUGCGUGAAAAGCCGUCCGGGGGUGCUCUGCCUGGCUCGAGACCCCGGCCUCUCGGGAGCCGUCCCUGGGUAGCUGAGAGGCCUGGCUCCCUUUUAAUUCGUAACAGAAGACUUUUCACCCCUUUGGUGCACUUCUCUGGGGCCAUCCGGGAAGCCUCCAGACGGCCAAGCGGUUUACCAGACUGAAGCCCAGGGGAAAGAUUUAGGAGUCAUCACCUUAGAGAUGAUGUGUAUCUCCGCGAAAUCACCACGAGACCUUCUAAGAAGUGGGUUUCGUAGAGAACUUAAGAAGUCAAAGGACUGAACCCUUGAGUAAUCUUAUUUAUCAUGGGUGAAGGAUGCGAUUACUUAUCGGAGGCUCCGUGCUCUUGGCAGAAAACCUUUACAAUGCUCAGUUACUCUCUCCCGGAGGAAAGAAGGCAAUUUCUAGCCUCUUUCUGAGAAAAUAUACUAAAUAAUACCAACAAAGAACAGUGAUAAGAAUCUAAACUGAAAAAGAUCUUUUGAAAAUGCAAACUUCAAUAUCAUGGACUAUCAAAGGAACUCUGGCUAAAAGGAUGGGCUCACCAAAGAGAUUCUCUUUUUCUCAUUUAGGAAGCCUUACUCUUUUCUCACUUUCUAACACCAUGAAUCUAAUUCAAGUUCGCCAUUAGCUUGAAUGAGAAUUAUCUUCUGUCACUCAAACUAUGUGUCUGCACUGAAGUUCAUUGAUCAUCCUUCAGCUGAACUGCCAUGGCUACUCAAUAACCAUGGCCCAUUUCCUACUCCUGAAGUCAAAUGCUUAGAUGUGACGGCACGCCGUGCACUGAGGAGUCUAUGUAUGUUUCCUCCUUCCUUGCCCAGAGUUUGCUGAGAGAAGAAUAGAGACAUAGAAAUCCAUUCCAAGCAGCCAUCCCAAUUUAUGCCAUUUGUAAUGAUGGACUUCUGAAGUUACUCUUAAUAAAUAUUUUAACUCACUAAUCAAUAGGUUACUUGGGGGGAGUUAGAGAGUGUAAAGUAAAUGAAAAAUGUCAGUGUCUUUUACUUAUUGAACUUUUUAUCAAAUACAUUUCUUUUUGUCUUUAGAUAAAUACAUCCUGCUAAAACUUAAAAUACGGUCCUCCCUUCCCUCUCUUUCCCCCUCUUCUUUCUAGCAAAGAUUUACUUAGCUCUCACUCUGUGCCAGGUAACACGCUGAGGGAUCUGUGUGGAUUAUCAAGAAAAUAAAGCAUUUUUGGUGAAUUCCAGAUUUAUACACAAGCUGCCUACAUCAGCUAAUCUUCAAGUUUCCUCCAUUAUUUGCAUGUUGAUGAGAUGUCAAGUUCCAGAUCAAAUAUCACGAAUAAAAGUUCCCAGGUGGAGUAUCCCAUUUUACAUUUUGGUUUUAGUGGGGGUUUUUUG